CCGUUAGCGCCUCAGAGUUUUGGCGCUUGACUGGACGACAAUGUCGGUGCAGCGCGUGUGUGUGGCCGACUUUGAGGAACAAGCCAAGAAAAUUCUACCUAAAGCUGUGUACGACUACUACUGCUCAGGAGCUGAUGAGCAAAACACGCUGGCGGACAAUGUCGCUGCCUUUAACAGGUGGCGUCUUGUCCCACGGGUGUUGAGGGACGUGUCCACAGUGGAUCUUUCUGUCUCUCUGCUGGGCCACAGGCUCAACAUGCCGAUCUGCGUUGCAGCCACAGCAAUGCAGAGGAUGGCUCAUCCUGAGGGAGAAACAGCUACAGCAAGAGCAUGCCGGGCAGUGGGGACAGGGAUGAUGCUGAGCUCCUGGGCCACCUCCACUAUAGAGGAAGUGAUGUCAGCCGCACUAGGAGGUGUCAUGUGGCUGCAGCUUUACAUCUAUAAAGACCGAGAGCUCACACUGUCCUUGGUCCGCCGGGCAGAAGAGGCGGGGUACAAGGCCAUCUUUGUUACUGUGGAUACGCCAUAUCUGGGAAGAAGACGGGAUGACAUGCGGAACCGCUUUAAACUGCCCCCACACCUGAGCAUGUCCAACUUCUCAUCCGCCUCCCUGGCUUUCUCUGAGGGAAACUAUGGCAACGACAGUGGUUUGGCUGUGUACGUUGCCAAUGCAAUAGACCCCUCUCUCAGUUGGGAUGACAUCACAUGGAUAAAACAGCACACCUGCCUACCAGUGAUUGUGAAAGGGGUAGUUAAUGGCGAGGAUGCCACCCAGGCUGUGAACUAUGGCGUUGACGGCAUCGUGGUGUCCAAUCACGGAGCUCGACAACUGGAUGGAGUUCCUGCCACGCUGGAUGUGUUGGAGGAGGUGGUGCAGGCAGUGCAGGGCCGCUGUGAUGUCUACAUGGACGGGGGAGUGCGGCGGGGGACAGACGUCCUAAAGGCCUUAGCUCUGGGAGCAAAGGCUGUCUUCAUCGGCCGACCGGUGCUGUGGGGCCUCGCCUGUCAGGGGGAACAAGGAGUCAUAGAGAUGCUGGAACUUCUACAAGAGGAGCUGCGACUGGCUAUGGCACUGUCAGGAAACACUUUCAAUGGGGAGGAACAAGGAAGAAACCUUAAGGAGAAGAGGAGGACCGGCAGUGGGAUCCAUGUCGUGUGUUGUCGUUCUGUAUCGGAGGUCAGCAGGUCCCUAGUAAGAAAGAUGGAGUUCACCUCCAGGAUGUGAAUAAUCUGCUCAAGGAUCCACAAGACAAUCCACUGACGGAUCACCGCUCAUUCAUUUGUCAAAAUAUUUGACUGUUUUGUUUGUAUUCAGACAGUUAAUUGCUACAACUGGAAAUAGCAUAUUGGUUUAUUAAAUUCAAAAUGGCCAUCAAGUAAGUAAAUAAACCGCACUAAUAAACAUAACAAAACAUGCUAAAAAACA